UCCCGUCUUCCGUUGCCUCUCCCACUCUCGUGGUCUCGCCGCCAUGCACAUGGAAGCACCACAUCCUCCUCCGUCAAUGGAUAUCCAUGAGCCCGCGCCGCCGUCCCCUCUCUACUCCGACAUUUCGCCGCACUUCCCGCCGUCCAUCGCAGACGCCGGCGCCGGCGCGCUGGACCUCUCCUUCACCUCCACCGCCUCCGCGUCCACCUCCUCCUUCACCACCGCCACCACCUUCAGCGCGCGGAGCUCGCUCUCCCUGCCGUCCUUCUCUUCGUCCACCUCUCUCUCGCCACGGCCGCACUCGUCAUCCGCAUCCCCACACUGGACGCACCUCGCCGCCGCCCGCGCCACCACCCCUGACGGCGUCCUCCGCCUGGCCCACCUGCACCUCAUCCGCGAGCUCGGCCACGGACACCUCGCGCGGGUCUUCCUCUGCCGCCUCAAGUCCUCGCCGCCGGCCUCCCCGCUCUUCGCGCUCAAGGUCGUCGACCUCCGCGACGACGACCCGUCACGCGUCUGCCACGUCCUCGCCGAGUCCCGCGUCCUCUCCGCGCUCGACCACCCCUUCGUGCCCACCCUCUACGCGCGCCUCGAUGCCGGGCGCUACGCGUGCUUCCUCAUGGACUACUGCGCCGGGGGCGACCUGCACUCGGUGCUCCGCCGCCGCCCCGGAGGCCGCCUGCCCGUCGCCGCUGCGAGGUUCUACGCCGCCGAGGUGCUGCUCGCUAUCGAGUACCUGCACGUGCUCGGGUUCGUGUACCGCGACCUCAAGCCGGAGAACGUCCUGCUCCGAGGCGACGGGCACGUCGUGCUCUCUGACUUCGACCUCGCGCUCCCAGCGUCCGUGGAGCCUUCCGUCCGCCGCCGACAGGUGCGGCAGCCGAGCCGACGCCGCAAGAGGAGCUUCCUGCCGUCGUGCUUCGGAUCCGCCAAGGGCGGCAGCGACGAGGAGGAUGCCGACGUUGACGCGAAGGAGCGGUUCGAGUUCGUGGCCGAACCGACGGCCGCGAGCUCCAGGGACUGCGUGGGCACGCACGAGUACCUGGCGCCGGAGCUCGUGAGCGGGAGCGGGCACGGUAACGGCGUGGACUGGUGGGCGUUCGGGGUGUUCCUGUACGAGCUGGUGUACGGGCGCACGCCGUUCAAGGGCGCCGCCAAGGACGUGACGCUGAAGAACAUCCUGUCGAAGCAGGUGACGUACCCGAAGCUCGACGGCGACGCGGAGGCCGCGGCGCAGCUGCGGGACCUCAUCGGCAGGCUGCUCGAGAGGGACCCGCGGCGGCGCAUGGGCGCCGCGCGCGGCGCCGCCGAGAUCAAGAGGCACCCGUUCUUCGCCGGCGUGGACUGGGCGCUCAUACGGUGCGUGACGCCGCCGCUUGUGCCGGAGGCCGACGCCGCGUCUCCCACCGCCGCCGUCGCAGGCGCGAAGCUCGGGAGCUGGAACAGCUUGGGCGGCAGCAGCUUCAAGAAAGCCAGUAGCUUCAAGAAGAGCAGCAGCUUCGGCAGGAGGUCGAGUGUCGAGGAGCGGCAGGGGGUCUUCUGCAAGCUCAUGAGCUGGAAUCAGGAGAGCCGAUGCAAGAGGACGAGGACGAGCAAGCUGAAACCAUGA